AUGGCGGCUAGCGGCGCGCUCCCCGUGGUUGAUCUGGCGCCUUUCUUCACCAAGGACGGCAAGGGCGGCAUCGCCGGCGCCACCGAGGCCGUGCGCCAGGCAUGCCAGACGCACGGGUUCUUCCGCGCCGUCAACCACGGCGUGCCGGUCGAGCUCAUGGCGCGCGCGCUGGAUCUGUCGGCCGCGUUCUUCGCACUGCCGGACGAAGAGAAGGCCAAGAUCCAGCCGGCCCAGGGGUCUAGGGUGCCUGUCCCAGCCGGUUACGGACGGCAGCCGGCGCACUCGGCCGACAAGAACGAGUACCUGGUGGUCUUUGAUCCCAAGCUCGGGCUCAACGCGUACCCCGCUGAGCCUGCAGGAUUCAGAGAGACCGUGGAAGAGUGCCAUGCCAAGCUCAUCGAGCUGGGGUUGCUCAUCCAAGACAUCCUGAACGAGUGCAUGGACCUUCCGCCGGGCUUCCUCAAGGACUACAAUGACGACCGCGGCUUCGACCACAUGACGGCAAAGCGCUACUUCCCGGCGACGGAGGAGGAGAACGACGGCGUCGGGGUCCUCACCGACGGCCACUGGGUACCGGCGGAGCCCGCCUGCGGCAGCAUCAUCGUCAACAUCGGCGAUGUCAUACAGGUGCUGAGCAACAACAAGCUGAAGAGCGUGACGCACCGGGUGGUGAGGAAACCUGCGCACAGGCACUCGUUCGCCUUCUUCUUCAACCUGCACGGCGACAAGUGGGUCGAACCGCUGCCGGAGUUCACGGCUAAGAUCGGCGAGGCGCCGCGAUACAGGGGGUUCCUUUACAGGGAGUACCAGCAGCUGCGCGUGAGGAACAAGACCCUUCCGCCGGUUAGGCCCGAGGACGUCGUCAACAUCACCCACUAUGCCAUCUAG